AUGCAAGCGAUGCAAGCAAAUACAAACAAAAAAUCCAUCACGAAAUUAACUGAACCGGUAAUACCUCGAUUUCCACCGGAAGUGACGGCUUUGAAUCUUCUCGAGAAAGCAAUUUCAAAACUUGAAACGACUCAACAAUCUUCAAGAAUUCCUAACGCCUUCAUAGCAUAUCGUAUGGCUGUGUGUAAAGAGCUUCGUCUGAAUAAUCAUCCUGUAAUUACUCAACCUCAACUUUCCUCGAUGGCUAAACAAUCUUGGUCAAAGGAGCCAGAGCAUGUACGAAAAGCAUAUCAGCGUAUUGCUGCUGAAGCGAGAGACAUUUAUAAGAGACUUUGUUAUAUUCAUCUUCCUCCUCAAGCAAGACACGAAAGUCAAUUUAUUGAAGAAACUUCUGAAAAAGAUCAUACUGUUGAGGAAUCUGCUCAGGAUUUACCUUCACAAGAAGUAAAUAGCGUACCUAUACCUUCGCAAGAAGUAAAUAUCGUGCCUGUGAAUAACGUACCUGAAUUUCCGACUGUUCCUUCUCCAACCUGGUCCAAUUCUACUGUCGGAGAAGUUCAAUCCUCACCCAUCGCAGAUUUUUCAAUAAUUAAUGAAAGUGAAUAUAUGACUCAUGACACACAGUAUACGGAUCUUCCUUAUCCGGUACAAGUGUCAGAUGAAAAUUUGUGUCACCCUUUUAAUUUUCAUCAUCAUUUGUCUCAUGAUUACAACUUAAAUCAAUUUUCAGAUGAAUCUUUUGCUUCGCAGUUUGUACCGACUGGAUAUGAAUUUUUAGACUCUCAAUUUUACUCAAAAGAUACCACCAUCGCGGCAAAUUAUCAAAAUGCAUACAGUCAGCCCGAAUCAAAAUGUGAAAAAUGCCGAAGCACGAUUGUGCAGUUAGAGAAUAAAGUAGAAGAAUUGGAAAGAAAGCUUUCUAACCUGACAUCUUUAAUUACAACAAAGCUAGCAAAAAAGGUUUAG